CUGAGCUUGUGACUAUACUGACUUCCCAUGAUGUACAUAUGUGGCCACCAAACUCAUUCCCUGUGUUUGCUCUGUGUAUGUUCUGUGCCAUCUCUGCAGAGUCUGAAUGGACUGAACACCUCCUGAGCCUCUUUUAAGUUACUUGGAGUGUUCUUUUGUCUUCAUGGUGUAGUUUUUGCCAGGAUACGGACUCACCAGCAGCUGGACCUUCCAGAUACAGAUGGAUGAUUCAACCGUGAAAACCUUUUGGGACAGAGUAAGAAAGAAGACUUAUUCAGCAUGAAUGAUAUCAACCUGAGUCCUGUGGGCAUGGAUCAACUGAGUGCUUCUUCUGUUAGCAGUAACUUGCCUGUAACCGCAAGUCACCUGGGCAUGAGUUCACCCACCCACAACCCUCUCCCAACUCCAGGAAUGCCAGUGGCAAUACCAAACCUUAGUCCUUCCUUGGGCACUCUCCCGUCUGCCUUGUCAUUAAUGCUUCCAAUGAGCAUUGGGGAACGUGGAGUAAUGUGCAGCAUUCCAGACCGGAAUUAUACUUUACCACCACCUCCUUAUCCACACUUGGAGAACAGCUACUUCCGGCAUAUUUUACCGGGUAUUUUGUCCUAUUUGGCUGACAGACCACCUCCCCAAUACAUCCACCCCACAGCAAUCAGUGUAGAUGGCAGCCCUGGACUGCCUGUCUCCAGCAACCCACCUAGCCUGGAUCAUUAUGAAUCCAGCGGCGGAGUGAGCUUGGAGUCUGGCAUCGUCUCAAUUGACUCAAGACAAGUAGGAACUCAUAGUUCCCAAAAUCUGCACCAGAACAGCAACACAGAAGUCCCAUUGGAUGCCAGUAUCUCCAUGGAAACAGUUUCCAGAGUAAACAGCCCCAUCUCGGCGGAAGGAAUGAGUGAAGAGAUGACAAUAAAUGGGGUCACAGGAGAGCCGCAGACAUUGCCCUCUGGGUCGAGAAGCCAUGAAACAAUAACGGUGGAAUCAGUGCAGAAUAACUUGGAGCCAGAGGCAGUAGUAGGACAGAAUACAGUGAUUCCAAUUCAUGCAAACUCUCUGGAGUUGCCAGUUGUCAUGGAACCAGAGCCAAUGACUGGCCGGGUAAGCAACAUGUCUGAGAAUUCUUUGACUGAUUCCAUCCAUCCUGCUGCACUGAACCCAAACCCAGGAGGAGUGGCUCUUCCUUCCUCUCACUCCUUAUCUUCACUCGAGCCGGUACCUCUACACGGAUCCAGCCUUGGACUGGAUACAGUCUCCGUUUCUACCAUUACAACUGAUGUCUCCAUGAGUUCCAACCAGGUUGAUGUGUCUGCAGAAAACCUUACGUUUGUGUCAGGAUCUCUGCAGAUAGAGGACUCCAGUUCCAAUAAAGAAAACCUCACGGAUUCUUUCACAAUCUGGUGUACUCUGUGUGAUCGGGCUUACCCCGCAGACUGUCCCGAACAUGGAGCCGUGACUUUCAUUCCAGACACACCAGUUAACAGCCGAGCCAGACUCUCGAUUCCAAGGCAGCUGACCCUCAGACAGUCCAUCACUGGGGAAGAUGUUGGUGUAUGGAGUCAAGAAGCAAUCCCUGUACGCACCUGUUUUGGACCUUUGAUUGGACAGCAGAUUAACCUGAUGGAAAUCACUGACUGGUCAAGUAAAAGCAGCACAAAUAUCUGGAAAAUAUUUCGCAAUUAUGUUCUGGAAUUCCAAAUAGUCACAGCAGAUGAGAACAUCUGUAACUGGAUGAUGUUCGUGCACAGAGCCAGGACUCGUGAGGAGCAAAAUUUGGUGGCCUAUCCUCAUAAUGGGAAGAUUUAUUUCUGUACAUCCAGGGAGAUCCCCCCUGACCAUGAGCUACUCUUUUACUACAGUAGGGAUUAUGCAAGGCAACUGGGGGUUCCCGAGCAUCCGGAUGUGCACAUGUGUCACUGUGGGAAGGCUUAUGGGACGUAUAGUGAACUGAAGUUGCACCUAAGCAGCCAUGGACAGAAUCGGGAGAGGAAGUGGAAGUGCUCCAUCUGCCCAAGAGCUUUUACCUCCUCUACCAAACUGAACGUUCAUAUGAUGGGGCACAUGGGGAUGAAGCCGCACAAAUGUGAAUUCUGCAGCAAGGCUUUCAGUGAUCCCAGCAACCUGCGAACUCAUCUCAAGAUCCACACGGGUCAGAAAAACUAUCGCUGUGAAAUGUGUGACAAGUCCUUUACGCAGAAGGCUCACCUGGCCUCGCACAUGAUUAUCCACACAGGAGAGAAGAACCUGAAGUGUGAUUACUGUGAAAAAAUGUUCAUGCGGAGGCAAGAUCUCCGUCAACAUGUGGUGACCCAUACACAAGAGCGACAGAUCAAGUGUCCAAAUUGUGACAAACUCUUCUGGAGGACGACCCACUUAAAGAAACAUCUGAAUUCUCAUGAAGGAAGAAGGGAUUUCAUUUGUGAAAAAUGUUCAAAAGCAUUCUUAACAAAGUAUCAUUUGACUAGACACCUUAAAAUUUGCAAAGGCUCCAAGACAUGCCUGCCCAUACAAGAUCUAGAGGAAGAGGAUGAUGACGAAGUAGAUAGUGAAGAAGAAUUGUUACAGGCUGGCAGUGGGACUUGCCGUUUAACCAAUGAAGAUUACACCACAGAAGACAGUUCUCAAUAAUACAAGUACUGCAAAUUACUUUAGUGAUCGUCCCAACAAGGUGCAUGAAGCAUAGCUGGGAAUAGAACUUUGAAAAUCUGUGUGCCCUUCUAAGCAGAAACCUGUUCAUGAAUUUAUUGCCGUUUUCAUUGCUGUAAGAGGUUAAUGGCUGCUCAGAUUUCAGUGUUGUAAAUGAUUGCCAUAAUGGAAUCUAGAAUCCAACUUUUUUUUUACUUUAAGUGGAUCAAAUGCAAGAUUGUCACCCCAUAUGAAGCAACAGGAAAUGUUGCAACAAUAAUGCACCAACGGUGGGCAGCUUGGAAGUCUGCAUCUGAGCAUUUGUUUGCUCCAUAUUCACUAGCAUGUUUAGUGAGAUUCUAAAAUGAGGAGUUCCUAUUCACAGUCAGUCUAAACAUCAAAAUUUUAUAGGAUAUUUUGUCAAUCCUGUCCCAUAUAAAUAAUAUAGUGAAUCAUACACUCAUUGACAAAUGAUUGAAGACAGCUCAGUGACAGUAUUUUGCCUUAUUGACUGAGUAGCUAUUUACCAACUUAUAACAUCUUGUUUCCAAUUAAUACCAAUGUCCAGAAAAAGUGAAGUUUCAUCAACAUGCAACGUAAAUUGCAAACUUAACACUGCUUCAAGGUACUAAAUAUAUUAGCUGAGAUUGUUUGUUUCCUCUAGACUGCAUAGUCCAGUGUAAUAAAACUCAGCAGAGGACGGUUAUGCCAAUAUACACUUACAGCUUUGUCAAGAACUAAUAAUAUUUCAAAAAUUAAUUUAUCUUCAAAACUUUUCCAUGUAGACUAGAUGCAAACAUACACAAAAGUAACUGAUAGGACGAAGAUACAUGUUUUCUGCUGUUCUGUAAUUAAAAAGCAAAGCUCAGACUUUUAACUCUUUGGCUCUCAGCUUUGGGUAGCCACCACAUACCUCUUUGUGAUACUGGAAUGAUUUUAAAAUGUUUUUUGUACAAUAACAGGUAAAGCUAUGGAUAAACAGAUAAAAGGUUGUUAGCCAGAAUGUAUAUUGUUGACAUCUGCACCUAUGUAUAUUUGUAAAUGUUUGUAACAUUAUCCUUUACAUUCCAAUUAAACUGUAAUAUAUAAAAUAUAAAUUCAAGUGAUAGUAUUGUUCAUGCUAUAGGCAAAAGAUAUAAUGUAGAAUUUCAACUUUGCCUUCAGAAGCUGAUUAAUGCAAAAAAAAAUAUUCAGCUUAUAUUAUGAAGUUGUUGCUUUCUAUGCACUUUAACAGGUUUCAGUUUCUUGGGUAGUUUGCAAACUGCUGUAUCAAGUCUUGAUUUUAUAUAUUUUGUGAUUGUGUGUAAUAUUGUAGUUGCUCCCAGAGAGUUCAGAGCUAAAUAAUUCAAAAUUAAAGUAGCACUAAGAAAGCUGAGCUCACAACUGAUAAUGUAAUGAAGUAGCAUGGGAUUUGUCUACUCAUCUAAUUUCAUGCUCUUCAGUAACCAGAAAUAUUA